CUCUCUCUCUCUGUCUCUCUCUCUCUCUCUCUCUCUCCAGAGUUAUCAGUCUCUCUCUCUCUCUCUCUCUCUCUCUCUCUCUCUCUCUCUCUCCAGAGUUAUCAGUCUCUCUCUCUCUCUCUCUCUCUCUCUCCAGAGUUAUCAGUCUCUCUCUCUCUCUGUCUCUCUCUCUCUCUCUCUCUCUCUCCAGAGUUAUCAGUCUCUCUCCAGUAUCAGUGUAUCUUCAGACUUACCCAGCAUCGUUGUCCGUCCUCUUCAGUACUUUGGAGAUGUGAGUAAGACUGUGUCUGAACUGAGAGAGAAACUAGAAGACUUCCUUAAAGGAGAAUGGACCAAGAUCUCCACUACAGUGAAUAUAGUGGAUGUUGUACUGCCUCCAGAGCCCAAGACCAGAGAACAGUUGUUACAAUAUUCCUGUCAGCUCACACUGGACCCAAACACAGCACACAAAUACCUCUCUCUGUCUAAAGGGAACAGAAAGGUGACCUAUACAGGCCAAGUCCAACGAUAUCCUGGUCAUCCAGACAGAUUCACCAACUGGUACCAGGUUCUGUGUAGAGAGGGUCUGUCUGGACGCUGUUACUGGGAGGUGGAGUGGACUGGGGAGUGGGUUAAAACAGCAGUCUCAUAUAAAGACAUCAGCAGAACAGGGACAGAGAGAGGUAAUAUAUUUGGAAACAAUAACAAGUCCUGGAGUUUACAGUACUAUAGUGAUGGUUAUUGUUUCAGACACAAUAAUGUUGUGACUAAAGUAUCAGGCCCUCAGUCCUCCAGAGUAGGAGUGUACCUGGAUCACAAGGCAGGUACUCUGUCCUUCUACAGUGUCUCUGACACAAUGACCCUCCUCCACAGAGUCCAGACCACAUUCACUCAGCCCCUCUAUCCUGGGUUUUGUCUCAAUGGUACUGCUGAGCUGGUUAAACUGUAGUAGGGUCCACAUAGAUACUAGUCAUGCUGGUGUAGUCUAUAGCUGAGCUGGUUAAACUGUAGUAGGGUCCACAUAGAUACUAGUCAUGCUGGUGUAGUCUAUAGCUGAGCUGGUUAAACUGUAGUAGGGUCCACAUAGAUACUAGUCAUGCUGGUGUAGUCUAUAGCUGAGCUGGUUAAACUGUAGUUGGGUCCACAUAGAUACUAGUCAUGCUGGUGUAGUCUAUAGCUGAGCUGGUUAAACUGUAGUAGGGUCCACAUAGAUACUAGUCAUGCUGGUGUAGUCUAUAGCUGAUCUGGUUAAACUGUAGUAGGGUCCACAUAGAUACUAGUCAUGCUGGUGUAGUCUAUAGCUGAGCUGGUUAAACUGUAGUAGGGUCCACAUAGAUACUAGUCAUGCUGGUGUAGUCUAUAGCUGAGCUGGUUAAACUGUAGUAGGGUCCACAUAGAUACUAGUCAUGCUGGUGUAGUCUAUAGCUGAGCUGGUUAAACUGUAGUAGGGUCCACAUAGAUACUAGUCAUGCUGGUGUAGUCUAUAACUGAGCUGGUUAAACUGUAGUAGGGUCCACAUAGAUACUAGUCAUGCUGGUGUAGUCUAUAGCUGAGCUGCUUAAACUGUAGUAGGGUCCACAUAGAUACUAGUCAUGCUGGUGUAGUCUAUAACUGAGCUGGUUAAACUGUAGUAGGGUCCACAUAGAUACUAGUCAUGCUGGUGUAGUCUAUAACUGAGCUGGUUAAACUGUAGUAGGGUCCACAUAGAUACUAGUCAUGCUGGUGUAGUCUAUAGCUGAGCUGCUUAAACUGUAGUAGGGUCCACAUAGAUACUAGUCAUGCUGGUGUAGUCUAUAGCUGAGCUGCUUAAACUGUAGUAGGGUCCACAUAGAUACUAGUCAUGUUGGUGUAGUCUAUAGCUGAGCUGGUUAAACUGUAGUAGGGUCCACAUAGAUACUAGUCAUGCUGGUGUAGUCUAUAGCUGAGCUGGUUAAACUGUAGUAGGGUCCACAUAGAUACUAGUCAUGCUGGUGUAGUCUAUAGCUGAGCUGGUUAAACUGUAGUAGGGUCCACAUAGAUACUAGUCAUGCUGGUGUAGUCUAUAGCUGAGCUGGUUAAACUGUAGUAGGGUCCACAUAGAUACUAGUCAUGCUGGUGUAGUCUAUAGCUGAGCUGGUUAAACUGUAGUAGGGUCCACAUAGAUACUAGUCAUGCUGGUGUAGUCUAUAGCUGAGCUGGUUAAACUGUAGUAGGGUCCACAUAGAUACUAGUCAUGCUGGUGUAGUCUAUAGCUGAGCUGGUUAAACUGUAGUAGGGUCCACAUAGAUACUAGUCAUGCUGGUGUAGUCUAUAGCUGAGCUGGUUAAACUGUAGUAGGGUCCACAUAGAUACUAGUCAUGCUGGUGUAGUCUAUAGCUGAGCUGGUUAAACUGUAGUAGGGUCCACAUAGAUACUAGUCAUGCUGGUGUAGUCUAUAGCUGAGCUGGUUAAACUGUAGUAGGGUCCACAUAGAUACUAGUCAUGCUGGUGUAGUCUAUAGCUGAGCUGGUUAAACUGUAGUAGGGUCCACAUAGAUACUAGUCAUGUUGGUGGUGAUGGUCCCCAGAUGUGAUGAUUCAUUCUGCUCUGUUUUAUCUACAAUUAUUUAACUGAUUUGAUCUUCAGAAGAUGUUAUGAAUUAUAAUUCAAUGUUUUCAUAUUUUUUUAAUUGCAAUGUUUUAAUCUUGUUCAUUUCCAUGAAUCAUGAUGUGUGGUGUUGAUGUAUAUUGGUUGUCAUGCAGAACCAUUGAUAUGUUUCCUCAGUUGGUUCUCUGUCUCUAUGUAAUUCUCCUCAGUAUCAUUGAUCAGCUUGUUGGUCCUAAUUGAUGUGUUCUCUGUCACCUGGAGCUGCAUGGAAAAUGGUCCAGGAACUAAAGGACAAUUCAGGACUAGUCAGCCCACUACAAGCUGGUAUCACUUACUUUCUACUAAACUAUAUGGACUGGUUUCCCAGACACAGAGUAAUCCUAGUCCUGGACUAAAAAGUAUGUUCAAUGUAGAUGUCCAGGAAACCGUCCCUAAAUGUGUCAUCUUUCAUCCUCCCAUACUGCUCAGUCCAGCAACAUUAAACCUGUCCAGCAGGUGGUGCUAUUGACCAAACAAUAAAACCAGCAGAUAUCUUGACUUGCCACUCAGUAUAUCAGUAAUGUUCAGAAUAGUACUUUAAUAUCAUUGGAGAUUGAUGGUCUUUUUAAUCCACUAUCCAGAGUCAGGAACAGAUGAAGUUAGGUCUGCUACUGUUCAGUGAUUAAAUAUGAUUUAUGGUGAUGGGAAAUAAUAAAAAACACUAAACUUCA